UAAAAUACGCACUAACCAGAAUACGGUACUUAACAUCUAUGAGUGAAUAAUAUCAAUCAAUCAAUUAAAUGUGCUGAUAACCAUAUUAAUAAUGAUAACAAGUGAAAUAAGACUAUCCAUACUGUGUACAUAUGAUAUUAUACACUCUUAGAGACACUACAGUAUUUAAACAACACUAAAGAAGAAGAAGAAGAGUAGGUGUGGCCGUUUGUGAAGAAGUGCUCUUAUUUAAAACCCAAAUUACGUCUCUUUUUAAUGAUUGAGGGUGUCCGUACUACCAAUACCUUCCAGCUAGAGGGGAAAAGAACCAUCCAAGAGCCAUACCUCCCUCUAUAACCCCUAAAUAAGCCUUAAAUACCACGAAAUACCCCCAUUAUGGCCGGCCCGGAGGAGAAGGGUCAAUGUCUAAGGUUCGGUUGGCCAUUUCCCGAGGCCAUUAAGGACCCGCCUCUGUCCUUUAAGGUCAGGAGCACCCUCGUCAUCCCUCUCGUGGGCACCUUCAGUAAAAUUAUAUUGAGCUUUUGCAACCAUGUCAACGGGCACAACCUGGAGCGCCUGCAGGACGUGGUGGAGAAUAGGCCAAAGGGAACGCCACUCAUCACCGUCUCCAACCACUACUCCUGCAUUGACGACCCUGCGCUGUGGGGGGUGCUGAAGUGGCGCCAUUUGUGGAGUGCCGAGACUAUGCGCUGGUCCCCCGCUGCCCAUGACAUCGCCUUCACCCGCCGCAUCUACAGCUGGUUCUUCAGUAGUGGGAAGUGCGUCCCCAUCGUCAGAGGGCUCGGGGUGUACCAGCAUGCGAUGAACUUCCUGGUGGAGAGGCUUGGGGAGGGGCACUGGGUCCACAUCUUCCCCGAGGGCAAGGUGAACAUGACGCUGGAGAAGAUGCGGCUGAAAUGGGGCGUCGGGCGUCUGGUCUACGACUCCCCGGUCUGCCCCAUCGUUCUACCGUUCUACCACAUCGGAAUGGACCACAUCCUCCCGAACCGCAUGCCCUACAUCCCACGUCUUGGCAAGUGGGUGACUGUGGUGGUGGGUGAGCCGCUGGACUUCCGAGCGGAGGUGGAGGAGAUGCGGAGGCGAGAAGAGGAUCCGAUGACUGCUCGUAAACGCAUCACCGACAAGAUUCAGGAGGAGCUUGGCCAUCUGAGGGAGAAGGCCGAGGAUCUCCACACUAAGCUGCUGGCCGAGAAGGGUCAGGUGUGGCGGCCCAUGGUGCAAGGCCGGAACGAGAGGUGUGCAUGAUGGCGUGUGUUGGUCCUGUUACAUGGUAGGAAGGGCAAAGAGAGGAAGGGGCUGCUGUGGGUGAUGGUCUGUGUUUUAAGAGACUGUAUCCAUGUCUUCAUCUUACUUCAGGCUGAGUAAGGAGUUGGUAGAGUUAAGUUUGGGGCAUAUGCUAUACCUGCUCACAGCCUUGGUGCUCAUAUCUGUCACAUUGGCCCUUGUUACUGUGAGGGAAAUAACUCAUAACCUCAGUGUGAUAUUCGGGUUACCAUAGUCACCCUCGCCAGAUAUCCCGAGAUACCCAUUUAUCAACCAGUUCAAAGGAGAGGAAUAAGAGGUGGGUGAGCUGCACGCCGACUGCCUGGCCAGGAUUCAAACCCAGGCCCAUGCAUUCAUAGCUAGUCUUGAAUACCACUGCACCAUGAAGGAGUGAGUGUGGUUUUACAACUAAGACAGACACCCACUCACCCGCCCACCUCAACCUGUCACUUGCAAUCUUUCUCAAGGAAUAGUAUAUACCCUCCAUAAGUUACCUAGUUCAGGCAUCCCUUGCUGUGUGUUUGGUUUAGCUUGCUACAGUUGUACCAAGACCUAUAUUCUCAAGCAUUUCAGGGCUCACACACCCACAUUUGGUAAAGCUUUCAUAGACGUUGUUGUGGGUAUUUCCAUUGGUAGUUUUAUGAGGGUAUUGAUAGUUUGACAAGGCUCUUUUCUGGCCUAUAGAGAUUUUUGGUGUGAGAGCUGAAAGCAUCUGAGAAUAUGGGUUUAAAAGUCAUGCAAAAAGAUAAGAAUGAUUAAUUUGGAAAAAUGAAAUUGUUUUAUCUUGAAUAUGUGUGUCGUGUGUGAUACUACUCCCUGGUGAAGUUAGUAUUUAUCCAUAAACCGAGAGAUUUUCUGAGAUUUGUGACAAUACGCACACUUAGAACACAUUUAUUGCAUCUGGAAUUUAACUUUGUAUUUUACUUAGUUAGAUGUUUUGCGUUUAAUACCAAGUUAGUAGAUUGCAUUACUUUUUGAAUAAUGUAGAUACUUCACACUUAGGGUCAUACUCUUAAACAUUUCGCAGCCCUUUCACAUCUAUUUGACAAGGCUUUUAUAGGAGUUCUGAGCAUCCCCAGGAGUAGUUUUAUGACCCUGGUGGUAGUUCGACCCUUCUUCUGUAACAUGAACUUUAAACAACACUCAUUACAACCCAACUGAUUUCCUUUUUUGGCCUUUGGGAAUCGUUGAUGUGAGAACCGAAAGUGUCUAAUGGUACCGACCUUAAUCUUUUGGGGAUGUACAGUUUGCCCUCAAUUUUGCAGACCUAAAAUCGUCAUCAUAUAGGUAACGCCAGGCUUCGCUAUAAUUUUGUAUGAGGUUAGACAGGCAAUGAUACCUUUCCAUCGCCUCUGCCUCUUCAGUGCCCAAUGCUGCCAAAACCUUUUCUUUGCAGACUUAACGACGUCACGUAUCCGGGAUUAUGGAUUUUCUAGAUAAAGUUUAAGAUAACCCCCCAAAAAAUUAUACAACGCUAUUUUCUCAGAUGCCGAUUGUGAUUUCCAGGCGUUAGUGUGUGCCGCAACAGUAUUAUAGUUUUGUUGCACUCGGCUGUGAAUAUAAAGACUGUGAUGGGACUUGUAUCAAUGUAUGUCCAUUACUAUUUUAUUUUUACGACCUGCGAUAGAUUCCAAAAACGAAUGACUGUAAAAAGAACAAAUGUAUGCAGCUCUAUAGACUUCAAAUAUCUGGGAUUUUAAGUAUUUCGGAUAAGGUUCAAGAUAACAAAAACUACUUAAUGAAUCACUAGUUUCUCAGAUGCUGAUAGUGAUUCCGAGGCUUUCAUUUUUAAUAGGAAACGAGGCGGCUCAAGGGCUUACUAUGGCUAUAAUGCAUUUGAAUAUUGUCCUGAAUUUUCUUAUGGGAAUUUGUAGCCUCUUAAUGAUACCAGAUGGGCAUUUUUUUCUCCUUUUCCUGUAAGUCUGCAAAAUUGAGGGUCAUUUGUACAAAGGAAUGAAGAAAUAGAUAUGAUGAUGAUGAUGAUGAAGAAUGAGUCUCGGUAAAUCUUCAUAUGCAAAUUUAGACGACUAGAAUUAUCAGACGACCUUUCAUCCUCUUUUCUGUGUUUGCAAAGUAGAGAAGUGAUAAUGAUGAUGAUGAUGGUGGUGAUAAUGAGGGAGUUUGUUGCAGUGAAUCUUCAUAUGAGAAUUAAGUAAGACUCCUUGAAUUAUCGGACGACUUUUCACUUCUUGUUUUUAUAAGUCUGGUAAAUUGAUGAGUGAUAAUGAUGAUAAUAGUGAUGGUGAUGAUGAUGGUGUGUGUUAGUGAAUCUUCAUAUGAGAAUUUAGACUCCUAGAAUAAUUAUCAGAAGACUUUUCACCCUUUUUUCUAUUAGUCUACUAAAUUGAUGAGUGAUGAUAAUAGUGAUGAUGGUGAUGAUGAUGAUGGAGUGUGCUGUGGUGCUGCCGUCACUGUAUAUUACGGACACAAAAAGUCAAUUGUUUUUUUUAGUACGUUGAGACCUGUUUUGUUGAUUGUACAGAGGUUUAGAUGCCUGCAGAAUCUAUAUAUAUUUUUAUUAAACUGUAUAUGAGUAA